UUUUUGGCAUGCAUAUUUCUUCAUGGCUGUUGAUUCCUUUCCUUUUUCUUGCUGCUGGGGCAAAGAAGACUUAGCUUCAUCUCAACACAAAUCCUUUCCUUCGUUUCAACAACUCCUCAUUCAUGUCCCUUUUAAUAUCUCCCAAUUCUCAUCACCCUUCCCAUUCUCCUUUCUCAUCACUCCAAAACCCACCUCUCCUUAUCCCACCACAGAAAUUAUCAGCAUUUUGACAUGGGUUUCCCCGGAGCGGUUUUCAGAUUUUUGGAUGCAUUAAUCGGGCCAACCUGCAUGCUUCUUUUUCCUUUAUACGCAUCGGUACGAGCAAUCGAGACUCCUUCCACGCUGGAUGAUCAGCAGUGGCUGACAUACUGGAUUUUGUACUCGUUUAUCACAUUGUUUGAACUAUCCUGUUGGCAAAUCCUUGCCUGGCUUCCAUUUUGGUCGUACAUGAAGCUCCUAUUCUGUCUGUGGUUAGUGUUGCCAAUUUUCAAUGGGGCAGCUUAUAUAUAUGAUCAUUUCGUGAGGAAGUAUGUGAAGGUUGGGGGUACUGUCAGCUCCAGUUAUCCUGAGAGCCAGAGGAAGGUUCUCCUCAUGAUGACCCCCGAUGCCAGGAGGUCGGUAGAGUACUACAUCUCAAAGCAUGGACCCGAGGCUUUUGAAAGGGUCGUCAAAGCUGCUGAAAAGGAAGCCAGGAAGCGAUGAGCAGACGAAGACAGCUCCUCCCAUAGAUUUUCUGCUAUGGGAUUCUGACUGUAACACAAGAACCUUUCAUCUAUAGUUUGCAAUGGCAAAGACCAAGAUGAAGAAAACCAAAAUGUUAUUCUCUAUAGUUAACCUAUAUACAGCAAUGUUCUUGAUUGACCUUUAUUUUAUGAUAUUUCAAUAGAUGUACAGCAUGACCAAACUUUAAAUUCCAAAUGUCAACUAUGGACUGAAAGUGAUUCUCUCAGUCAGUCGUGAAUAAUAUUUACAGCUUGAUGGUUUUCGACUUUAAA